AGAGCUAUUACUGACAGCAGCGGGGAAUGCACUUCUCACAGGACUGUUUCUUACCCAGAUAGUAGCCUUUUAACGGGAGGAAAGAGAACGCCAAGGCUGGAGAGUUCCAGGGAGCUGGGACACGUGAAGGAAAGAGUUAAGGCUGGAGUCACCCUCUCCGAAGUGCUCUGUGAUGCUGUACAGUGUUUCAGCCCCCAGAGCCUUCCUCCUCCUCCUCCCUCUCAGUGUCGGAGUGGGGAGGAGGCGGGUUCUGCUGAGCUGUUAAAUCCUGACUGAAGUUUCCCCCAUUCCCAGUGGCCACCGUUGUCUGAGGCUGGUUCAGAUCAGGGCUGGGGUUACCCUGACAUUUCUGGGACCGCGGCCAGCCAAGAAGGGGAAGAGAAGAAAAGACGAGCCUUUUACAAUUUGCUUUUGUUGAAGUGUGGAGAAAGAGGAAAGAGAAGCGUCCUGCUCUUUUCAGCAUCACAUUCCUGUGUUUCUCUUCAGCCUGGAAAAUAUAUUAAUGCUAGUCCUUUCCUCUCUGGAAACAAAGGAGCUAAACGGGACUGAGGAAGCAAGAAGUGAGAAGGAGGCUUGGGAAGUCUAAAAGAGGGAGACUCGGAGCAGCUGGGAUUUCCCUUUUCUUAAAUGAAAUCCCUGCCUGUGCGGGUAACUGGUAGAGCAAAAAGCCAGACCUCCAGGUAAAUGGAGAAGCAGAAAUCCCAAAGGAAAUUUCCGCUAACCUCAUCCUACUUGUCAAGAAGGUGAAGAAGAAAGUUAAAAGAUACACGGGGAGACAAACAGGCUCCGGGACCUGUUGGGCUGUGUAAGGAUAAAUCACUGGGCAGCAGCAAAGCUGCAUGGCAUUAGUCUCCUUUUAAAGGAAAAAGACGUGAAACCUUGACGCUGGAAGGGGAACUUCCCUAAGAGUCGGAUUGCACAAUGAACUGGAGGCCAGCUCUCAGCUUAGCCCUGCUGUGGGCAGCAUGGCUAGUGUGCGGCUCAGAAAAGACAGGAAGGCUAGCAGAAAGAGGGAGCCAUGGAGUUCGGAAAGUGCCUCUGGCUUACAGGGCUCCAAGCAGCUUCCCGAGAAGGUCUGGAGCAUCCCUGAGGAAUUCGAGCCCGAAUUCCCAGCACCCCGUCACCAAGAGGGAUUCUUCGGCAUCUCCGAAGGCACCUGCCAAUCUCCUGCAAGGGGAAGCGCGUUCCCAGGCCAGGGGCAUGGGGACCAGAAUGAGACAGGUACAGAGACUCACAGCUGCAGCCAAAUACUCCAAGUCCGAGAUGAUUAAGGACGAAGGGAUACCCUCUGCCUCACAGUCACGAGUGGUACGUUUCCCUUCGGGGACAAGUUCUCCCAAUGUCCUGGCCAGCUUUGCUGGGAAAAAUCGGGUGUGGGUCAUUUCUGCCCCACAUGCCUCUGAGGGCUACUACCGGCUCAUGAUGAGCCUGCUGAAAAAUGAUGUUUACUGCGAACUGGCUGAGAGGCACAUCCAGCAGAUUGUGCUGUUCCAUGAAGAAGGGGAAGAAGGAGGAAAAGUCAGAAGGAUAACCAAUGAAGGAAAAAUCCUGGAGCAGCCACUAGAUCCUGCCCUCAUACCUAAGCUCAUGAGCUUUCUUAAACUGGAGAAGGGGAAAUUUGGCAUGGUGUUGUUGAAGAAAACUCUGCAGGUGGAGGAAAGGUAUCCUUAUCCAGUCAGGCUAGAGGCCAUGUACGAAGUUAUUGACCAGAGCCCCAUCAGAAAAAUUGAGAAGAUGAGGCAGAAGGGCUUCAUCCAGACUUGCAAAGCAGCUGGGGUGGAGGGACAAGUCAUUGAGGAAGGCAAUAAUGGGGGCAGCACCCGGCCUACCCUUGGUGGUGGACAAGUCCAGGUGUCAGCAAGGAAGGAGGAGCCAAGGAGGAGCAAUAAUCAGCCAACAAGGACCAAAACAGUGAGGAAACCAAUGACAACCACAGUGGCCACUCCUCUGCCUACAGUAAGGACCACUACCCUUGCUCCCACCACCACAACUACCCAUGCCACCACCCGCGCAGUGACAACAGCAAGCCGGUCUACGACAACAAUGACACCCUUCCCUACCACACAGAGAACCUGGACCACAAAAUCACACUCCACCACAGAGUAUCACAGGUUGCCAGCAGCCCCUGAUGCCACCUCACCACGAGUCACAGCUUCUGAAGAUUUCUACUCUCCUGCAUGGAAGGCAAACCGCAGGGACCGGCAGCGCGGCCACCCAGAGAAACACCUGGUGGCCACACGGAAACCAAGCAAAGCUGCUCGCUAUGACAGUUUCACAGAAGUCCCAACAGCUGCCUCAGUGCACUAUACAAAGUCAAAUGUGGGUAGAUUUAAAGAUAACCGAACAGACAGGAAGGACUAUAACCACAGAGACCUGAAUGUCACACCAGGGCAACACAAACCAACUAAGACCAAACCACCAAAAAAGAAGGACCAAGGAAAGAUCCUGAGCAAUGAAUAUGAAGAUAAAUAUGACCCAAGCAAGCCUGCUAGUUCCCAUUUAGAGGAAGAGAUUGCAGUCGGAAAUAUUCCUCCAAAGAAAGGAAAAGAAUCAAAGAAACAUGAGCGAAUGGAUAAACCUGAGAAGAAGAAGAAGAAGGACAGGCCUGACAAGCUGCAGAAGAGUGAGAAGCAGACCAAGAAGGACAAAGCUGAGAAAAAGAGCAAGCAGGACAAAGACCGUAGCAAGAAGAACAAGAAGGGGAGUAGGACUGAGAACGAGGAUUUCCCCAAGCCCAACAAGAAGCCUUUCAUGCAGCCUCCCAGGAAAUUGGUGACCGACCUCCUGGAAUAUUUUGAAGGCAAAAGGCGGCUUAUUCUGAUCACGACCCCUAAGGCGGACAACACCAUGUAUGUACAGCAGCGGGACGAGUAUCUGGAAAGCUUCUGCAAGAUGGCAACAAGGAAGAUCUCAGUCAUCACGAUUUUUGGCACCAUGAACAACAGCAGCAUGAAAAUUGACCACUUCCAGCUAGAUAAUGAAAAACCCAUGAAAGUGAUAGAGGAUGAAGAUCUUGUGGACCAGCAGCUCAUCAGUGAGUUGAGGAAAGAGUAUGGGAUGACCUACAAUGACUUCUUCAUGGUGCUGACGGACACUGACAUGAAGGUCAAGCAAUACUACGAAGUACCCAUAGCAAUGAAGUCCGUGUUUGAUUUGAUUGACACCUUCCAGUCACGAAUUAAAGACAUGGAAAGACAGAAAAAAGAGGGCAUUGUCUGCAAAGAAGAUAAGAAGCAAUCCCUUGAGAGCUUCUUAUCCAGAUUCCGAUGGAGAAGGCGGCUGGUGGUGAUCUCUGCUCCCAGUGAUGAGGACUGGGCUUAUUCCCAGCAGCUUGCUGCUCUCAGUGGACAAGCCUGCAAUUUUGGUCUGCGCCAUAUAACUAUCCUCAAAUUGCUAGGACUUGGGGAAGAUAUUGGAGGUGUCUUAGAGCUGUAUCCAAUUAAUGGAAGCUCUACUGUAGACCGAGAAGAGAUCCCACCUAAUUUGGUGAAAGACAUCCGAAAUUAUUUCCAAAUUAGCCCAGAAUAUUUCUCCAUGCUUCUAGUUGGGAAAGAUGGAAACGUCAAAUCCUGGUAUCCUUCUCCAAUGUGGUCUAUGGCGAUUGUGUAUGAUCUGAUUGAUUCCAUGCAGCUUCGGCGACAGGAAAUGACAAUUCAGCAAUCGCUCGGCAUGCAGUGCCCAGAUGAUGAGUAUGGUGGGUAUGGUUACCAUAGCUAUCACCAGGGAUACCAGGAAGGUUACCAAGAUGACUACCGUCACCACGGAAGUUACCAUCAUGGCUAUCCGUACUGAAAAGAGCAACUCAGCCUCCAGCUGCCCCGUGUCUGUCUUCUAAUAGCUAUGCAAGCAAUCAGUGGCCAGUUGCAGAAAGUCUUCCCAGGCCACAUAGAUAUCCGUGCUUCCGUCUUCCACUGUUCAAUCACGGGACUUUGGUCAUUUGCCUUCUUAAAAACGCAGAAGCCUUUACAGUGAAGUAAUCCAAACCAGUAGCAUUGAAGCUUUAAACAAUAAAGACUCCUUUAUAUUUUUAAGCCUUUAUUAAAAAAAGGCAUCAACAGGUGCUGUUUGUAUUAAAACCAAACAAAACCAGCCAACAGCCCCAGUCCAUGGACAGUACUGUAGGGCAGGACACAAACUGUCAAAAAAAUAAUGCAAUGCUCUUUUUAGUAUUUCUUUCUAAGGAGAAAAGUGUAUUUAUUGGAAAGCAGGAAUUUUGCAUUGUGCUCAUGAAGACAAGCAAAGAAUCACACUUCAGGACUUUCCCAGAGAAGGAAAAUUUAAGAAAGGAAGUAUGGGGCGGGCUCUUUAAUAAUAACAGCAAUAAUAAAGUCCUUUUGAAGUACCUUGUCUAAAAAGACAGCAUCCCUUCUACAGUGCAUUAACACUGUAAUUAGCUGACUUUAUCAAUGAAAAUAAGAAUUGAUGGUUAUGGCAGCAUUUGUUCCAAUACAAUACAAUGUAAAGUUCUUAAUUAGAAAGCUUGCUGUAUGGUCAUUUGUUCUUUUAAUUGAGGUCCCAGCUCUCUUAGGUCCUGCCCACCUGACAGUUAAAUCCAAGUUAAUGAGAUCUAAGUGGAAACAUCAACCCUAGUUAGCAUUGUCUGAAAUACAGAAAACUGAAAAGCAUUCUUUUCAUUAGAAAGAAAAGGAACAAAUUCUCAUUCACUUGUAUUUUAAAUAAGUUGUAACUAGCUCUCUAUAAUGUUUUUAAUUAAACUAUUGCUCUAAAUUUUAAAUUUCCUUCUACCACUUCUUCUCAUACCAUCCCCCAUGAAAAAAAAAAUCUAGACUAAAUGUUUAUAAAACUAUUUGGGAAUAAUUUGAUCUGCUACUAAACCAGCUCUAUUUGUGCCACACUUGCCGAAAUGGUGUUCUUCUCCCUUUUCAUUGGUGUCUUUGGGCAUUGGAUCUGCUGCACCACCCUACUCCUACUGAAAUCAGUGGCAGGAGCUGCAUGCAUAGCCAUGCUUUCAGCAUCACUUGGGUAAUUUCUAAACAUUAAAGACCCAGCAGAAAGAUUUAGGAACAUCCUGAAGGUAUCGAGCCUUCAUAGUGGCACAGUAGUCACUUCUGAUGUUGAAGGCAUGCCUGACUAGUCACAUUUAUUUUUAUAAUCUGUGACAUGGGUGCCACGUAUAGAUACAUGCAAUAGGGCGCAUUCACUAGGUUUUGCCAUCUCAGCAGUAGCACAGGGGAAGUUACAGCUCUAAGCUGGCCAGAGUAUGCACCACAGCUUGAGUUUUAGCAUUUUCCUAAUUAUUUUUUUUUCCAGACAAAACCAGAACUGAGUAAAGCAGCAAGUUCACUCAAAAACAGAUGAUUUCUCUAGAAAAUCAGUCACAAGAGGUCAGGCGUUGCUUGCCCUUCUGAAUGUCAGCAAGGCAGAGAGAUGUGGAGAGGUCACAGGACCUGGCCACUUCUUCCUUAGCAUUACAAACUUGGUCACUCUCUGGGGCAGGCUGCCCUCCGUAACACAAAGUCUAGUGAGCACAGGGUAGAGCUCCUGACUUACCUUUCUCUGGUGACUGGAGCUAAGGUAGACACUUGAUAGAGCAACAGAACCAUUUGGAGAGGACUGCUGCCUGUAGAGUGCUUCCAAGAGCUCAUUAACUACAGUACUUCCACAGCUGAAAGCAGUGCAGAGAAAUUAAAACAACCAAAGAGGAGUUAAAAAAAAAAAAACACAGAACUGAAAGGUUUCUAGAAGGUAAUAGGAGGUCACAUAGCUCAGUUUUAGAUAACAAGCGUUUAUUGCAUCAGUGUGUUAAGGUCAGCUACCUAAGUUUCUUUGCCUCAAGCAAAAGCAGAGGAAAGUGUACCAGAUGUCUAACAGUUACCUUCUACACACAAAAAGAGAAACACCUUUGGGGUGGUUUUUUUCCAGGUGUUCAUUUCAACUUUUGUGUAACCUUGCUUUCCAUGUAAAGUUUUUAAAUGAAACCCUUUUUAACUCUCAUUACAAAUCAUGGAAACUAAAUGUCCUGUGCUGAGCAAGAGGAGACAGUUAACUUACAAAAGAGAGUGUAACACCUGAUCCAAAUUAUUUUCUUUUUUCUCCUCUCCAGAAUUCAAAGUUAUGCAAAUCCAGCCUAGGCAUUCUGUGGGAGCUGCAUUAAAAAACAAAUUGCCCAUUUAUAAGGGAGGCUGGGAUGAGCUCCUAACCAAAACUACAUUGAAUUUGAGGAAGACUCACUAUUAUUCUACAUUCUGGUGCAGAUUCCUGCCUCCAUCAGAAACUGGCUCAAAAUUACCAGAAACUUUUAGCAAUGAUUUAAAAACCUGAUUUUGCAACCUAUCUCCCCCUAUGGAAAAUUAAAAGAAAAGUCUGAAGGAACACCAAGCCAAAAAAUCCUUUCAACAAUAACACAUAGUUAUUUUGAAGACCGUAAGCAUUUGGAGCUACAAUACUCCAAAUAAAGACUUCACUUUUUAAAACACAAAUCAAAUCCAAAGCACUUGGAUCUGUCCCUGCAGUAUCAUUCUGAGGACACUUACUGAGAUUAAGGUCCUAUUUCUACAGCCUUAGUGGGAAGAUUCCACAUGAUAAAAAAAACCUUUUUGUUAUACUUAUUUAUGGGAUUUGAUUCAGCUCCAAGAUGGCUGUUUUCAUCCACAGGCUGUCUUUCAAAUACCAAUGGCUCAAUUGCUAGACUGACAAAGUAGAUGAAAUGAACUAAAUAAAUAUUGCUUUAAUUGGCUUGUUCCAAACAAGAGAAACAUGAACACAUCUCUCUUCCUGAGAGGUUUUUUGAACUAUUAAUAUUUCCUCAAACCAGGAGGAAGGAACAUAACAGCCUCAGCAGCAAUUAAGUUCAAACAUUUGUGAAUCUGGGCUCUAAAUCAGAACUCUCUGCCCAAUGUAUUCAUUAAAAACUACGUGCCAAACUAACGCUGCUCUCCAAAAAUCUCCUCAUAAAUUUCCCAAUUGUCAUUUGAGGACAAAAAUAGUAAGCUUUCCAACACUGAGUAGGUCAACAAGCAUACAGUGGAAAUACUUAAUCAAGUGGGAUUCACAUGAUAUAUAUGAAAAAUGUAACUAUAGAAUAGCUCCCUCUUGCUAACCUGGGCUGCUCUCCAGCUGACAAUUGUUUACAGCACUUCCUCUAACAAAUGUCACGUACAGACUCAAUUCAACUAUCUGUAGAUAGUGCAGCUGCACAGAAUCGCGUGGUUAUACUUUCAGGUUACUUCACAUGCAUUUUAAUGCCAAGUUGAUGCAAAUCGUUACAUUUUUAGAGAGCAAUUAACAUUCCUGUUGCUACAAAGGGGAUAUACAGUUCUCCAUUAUUAAAAUAAACCUGCCUCGCCAAUCCAACAGAAUCUCUCUGAGAAUUCGAACCUGAAGACCAUGAAGAUUUCCACGUUAGGCAGGACCAUCUCUACAGUGCAAGUAAAUGUUUGUAUCAACAAGUAUAUACUUGAUUGUGCAAUCUAAGACUUUGGCAAAUAAGUAUGAUACCAUUGGUGAGAUUUAUAGAGGGAAAGAUCAUUAAGCAGGACAAGAGUCGAAAGCAGGAACUAAGUGCACUUUACAGAAUCUUCAGAUCAGUAAUUUCCCUAUCUCAUUCCUCUUAAAGCAGAUAUUUUGGGCUGUAAGGUCAAACAUAUAGUUUUUAAGACAUCCAUCUUUGGUUUGAUGCUCUGUCGUUAGAGGUAUGAGGCUGAUUUCUAUGUUCUGAUUCAGUGCAAGGCAAAGCUCUCUGGAAAAGUUAAUGUAAAAAGCUACUGCUCAUGUAAAUGCAAAGCAAUCUAAAGUUAACAGUACUUUCACUCUUCUUGGAAAUACUUGCUGAAGUUGGUAGCUAUGACUGAAAAAGACAAUGAACUCAGGCAGGUAUAUAUUGCAAAGCUGUAUGUAACAGAAAAAAAUGAAAAUGUCUUAUUGCAACUAA